AUGCUUGCCACUCUCCGAUACGAGGACUACACAAUAGGAUGGAUAUGCGCCCUCCAUGUUGAGGCACUCGCUGCAAGGUUCAUGUUGGACAAAAGACACGAUGGUGUAUUCCCGGGUAGACAUGGAGACGACAACAACUACAUAGCGGGCUCUAUCGGCAGCCAUAAUGUUGUUCUAGCUGGUCUGCCUACAAAGUCAAUCGGUACUGUCUCUGCAGCCAUACUCGUGUCUCAGAUGAGGCAAAGCUUUCCAAAUUUGCGCUAUGGCUUGAUGGUCGGCAUUGGUGCUGGAGUGCCUGGGCGACACCUGAAGCCUGAUGUGCGUCUCGGCGAUGUUGUGGUAGCUGCGCCAACAGAGGAUUCCGAUGAUGUGCAAUGUGUUAUAGGCUACGAACUCGGAAAAGAGACGGCUGGUGGUUUUAUCAAGAAGAAUUGGCUUUACCCCACGGACUUGCGAUUGCGAACGGCCAUCUCAACCAUCCAAACAGAGACUGAGUUCAACCGUUCCCACGGCUUUUUGAAGCACCUUGACGUGUUUCAAACGAAACCCGAAGGUCAAAAGUUUCUAUUUCCAGGCGUGGAUAAUGAUCAACUGUACGAAGCAGAAGAAGCGGACGACAAGUAUUCGCUGGUAGCACGAGAUCCCCGAGACAGUCAGAAUCCUGUUGUUCAUUACGGACGUAUUGGAUCUGGAAAUAAAGUUAUUAAAAAUGCAAAACUUCGCGACGAAUUAAGGGACAAGUACAACAUAAUUUGCCUUGAGAUGGAAGCAGCCGGUCUCAUGAACACAUUGCCCGUUGCCGUCAUACGAGGAAUCUGUGAUUAUGCCGACUGUCAUAAAAACGACACGUGGCGUCACUAUGCCGCCGCAACGGCUGCCUCAUAUGCGAAAGAGCUGCUCUAUGCCAUUGGUGCAGACCCUCUAGCUAAUCCUCGUCUCGGCGGAGUUCUUUGCGCAGAUGAGACAAAAUGCUUGCAAUCGCUCUACAAAUCAGACUAUAAAUCGCAUGGAAAAAGGAACCCAGAUCGAGUACCAGGAACGUGUGAGUGGUUCUUACGGCAUCCAAAAUAUCGGCGCUGGCGUCAGGAGCGACAAUCAAGUCUCUUAUGGGUGUCGGGGGACCCUGGAUGCGGAAAAUCUGUCCUGGUCUCGUUUCUUUUGGGUGAGCUUAAGAGCGACAAGUCUCAAGCUAUCCUUCCUGGCACAGUCUGCUUUUUCUACUUCAAAGAUGACAACGACAAGCAAAAUAGCGCAACUAGUGCCCUUUGUGCAAUACUGCACCAGCUUUUUACCACAAAGAAGUUCCUUGUCAAACACGCUAUGCCAGAGUAUGAGAACAAGGACCAAAAGUUUACUAAUGAAUUCAGCACUUUAUGGGAUAUCUGCACAACAGGUCUAAAUGAUGCCGAUUGUGGAAAUGUUAUAUGUGUUUUAGACGGAGUGGAUGAGUGCGAGUUGCUGACUCGAAACCUUCUCAUUGACUCCUUGAUCAAGUUUUUCUCAGCAUCCGGGAACCGAGAUACAAACUCCUUCUUAAAGUUCAUUGUUACGAGUCGUCCGUACGGCGCAAUCGAAAGACAGUUCUAUUCGCCUCGUACAACUGCGCCACCAACAAUUAGAUUGAAGAUGGAAGACGAGACUACAGCCAUCAGUCGUGAUAUAGAACUUGUCGUCAAGGCCAAAGUUGAUGAGAUUGGACAUAUAAAGUCUCUGCCUGCAUCUGCCAGAGCUGACCUGCAGAAACGUCUCAUUAGCAAUGCUGAUCGAACAUUCUUGUGGGUAUCUCUUAUUCUGCAGAUGGUCGAGGAGAGCGCCUGGGUGUCCCGGGCAGCUUAA